UUCGGGCAUGAGCUUUGUUACCAGCUGUUAGUUUUUGUGGUGACUUCAGCGGAAGACGGACGGUUUUCAACAGUGCCGAGCAGUUCGUUGUACUUUGCGUGUUUAUUUGGUUCUUUCUCGCUAUUAAUUUGUAUCUAAAUGUUCUCCGGUAGUUUUACUAGUGUUUAACAGGUAACCGGCGUGAGUCAUGGUUUGUUGCUACGAAAGGGAAUUUGCUUCGGGACCAGUGUAAUUUUAAUUCGGGUUUGUGUCAUAUUUGCAUGGUUAGUGGAUGAAUCGAAAAUCAAUCAACUUUAAUGGCAUUCUGUUUGGGUGUGCGUUCCAGGUUCGGUGUGUUAAAAUCAUGAAUAUUUACCGUUGCUCGAUGUAAAGUGAUAAUACAGAAGCAGCGUCACGAAACGAGGCUUCGCUAGGCGUGCCGGAAUGUCCGCGUACACAGUCUUUUGUUUCUCGCAUUGUGGUUGAUUUUUUUAAAUUUUGUUUUCAUUCGGUGUGUACUUUUCCAUUAACGUACUGUCGCAGCACUGUGGGCCGUGGCAAACUUCCACCUAUUCAGAGCAGUGUUUGUCUUUUUCGAUUCAGUUUUUGUCCAGUUGUCCACUACUACCGCCGCCGCCGCGACGCCCUGUGGUGCACGAGAGAGAGAGAGUUUCGUUGAACUUUCGCGUUGUCAUUUAAUUCAACAAGUGUAGCUGUUGAAUGAGUUUGACUUUGAAAGAGUCUGCAUUUAUGUAUGGGAAUUAGCGGUGCCGACCAACAGCAGCAAAACACAACUCAAACAGUGAUUCAGUUUUCCUGGCUGGCUGGAAUAGAGUGUACGGCCGAUUUUGGAAUACGCGGUGAUUCACAGCGCAGUGGCAGACAGGCCCGUGUACGGUGUGUGUAUGUAAAAAGGCCCUAACCUAAAAAUAAAACCGUGUAUAGGUGGAAAAAUAAAAGCAAAAGUAUCGUCAUCGGUGACGGUCAUCGUCAUCAGACACGACGGGUAGCGCAGAGAAGCAAGUUUACGAAAAAGGAGAAUCCAGCAGCAGCACCACCACCAACAACAACAAUAACAACAGUCACACGAUGGCACUGCAUCAGAAUGGCCAAGAGGUCGGCGUGCAAGAUUUUGUACUGCUCGAUGUGGUCACGAUGGAUAAUUUCAUGGACAACCUGAAGAAGCGAUUUCAUGCUGGCUCCAUCUACACAUACAUCGGCGAGGUGUGCAUCUCGAUGAACCCGUACCGGGAGAUGAACAUCUACGGUCCGGAACAGGUCAACCGGUACAAAGGGCGCGAACUGUUCGAAAACAAACCGCACAUUUUCGCCAUCGCGGACGCAGCCUACCGGGUGCUGAAACAGCGAAACCAGGACACCUGUAUCAUGAUCUCCGGCGAAUCGGGGGCGGGUAAAACCGAAGCGUCCAAAAUCAUCAUGAAGUACAUUGCCGCCGUGACGAAUCAGAACAAGCAGAAUGAGAUCGAACGAGUAAAAAACGUCCUAAUUCAAAGUAAUGCCAUUCUGGAGUGCUUCGGAAAUGCAAAAACCAACCGCAACGAUAACAGCAGUCGUUUCGGCAAAUACAUGGACAUCGAGUUCGACUAUAAGGGCGACCCGGUGGGUGGUGUCAUAACCAACUAUCUGCUGGAAAAAUCUCGGGUUAUCCAGCAACAGAGCGGUGAACGCAACUUUCACUGUUUUUAUCAGCUCCUACGCGGUGCAUCCGAUGCCGAACUGAAACAGUAUCACCUCCAGCGAGAUCCAAACCAGUAUCACUACACCAAUCAGGGCAGCGUGGAGGUCCUGUCGGAAAAGUCCGACUACCGGGUAACGUCCGGUGGAUUGAAGGCGCUGGGUUUCAGCAGCGAUGAACUUUCUAUGGUGUGGCGGAUUGUGGCAGCGGUGCUACAUUUGGGCAAUAUUAAUUUUAAAACUCAGGACGAUCAAAUUCAGAUAGCAAACCGGAAGCAGCUCUCAACGGUGGCCCAGCUUUUGCACGUAACCGAAGAUGAGAUGAUGCGUUCGCUGACGGAACGGGUGAUAGCGGCCCGGGGAGAAAUUAUGACCAAAACUCAUGACACCGAACAGGCAGAAUACGGCCGGGACGCACUGGCCAAGGCCAUCUACGAUCGGUUGUUCACGUGGAUCAUUGAGCGCAUCAACAAGGCCAUUCUGGUGCGUGGAUCGAACACACAGAAGCGCUACAACCGGGUGAUCGGUGUGCUGGACAUCUACGGAUUCGAGAUAUUCGAUCAGAACAGUUUCGAACAGUUCUGCAUUAACUAUUGCAACGAAAAGCUUCAGCAGCUGUUUAUCGAGCUGGUGCUGAAACAGGAACAGGAGGAAUACCGCCGGGAAGGGAUCGAGUGGACGAAUGUCGAGUACUUCAACAAUCAGAUUAUUUGUGAGCUAGUAGAGCAACCUCACAAAGGCGUCAUUUCCAUUAUGGACGAGGCCUGCCUAAACGUGGGUAAAAUUACUGACGAAAUGCUACUGGAUGCGAUGGAUAAAAAGCUAUCCCAUCAUCCGCACUACUCCAGCCGGCAGCUGAAGCCGAUGGACAAAGAGUUGAAACACCGUCAGGACUUCCGUAUCACGCACUACGCCGGUGAUGUUAUUUAUUGCAUAAACGGAUUCAUCGAGAAGAACAGGGAUGCUUUGUAUCAGGAUUUCAAGCGCCUUUUGUAUCACUCCAAGGAUCGUUUGAUCACGUCCAUGUGGCCGGAAGGAGCACAGGACAUUUCGAAGACAACGAAGAGACCUUUGACUGCUGGGACGUUGUUCCAACGAUCGAUGACGGAUUUGGUAGCAACACUGCUGAAAAAGGAACCAUUCUACGUAAGGUGUAUCAAACCGAACGACAUCAAGAGUGCCUCCGUGUUCGACGAUGUUCGCGUGCAGCAUCAGGUUCGCUAUCUCGGACUGCUGGAGAACGUGAGAGUACGUCGUGCGGGUUUCGUGCAUCGUCAGCGUUACGACAAAUUCCUGUUGCGAUAUAAAAUGAUAUCGCAAUACACGUGGCCUAACUUCCGAGCUGGGUCGGAUCGGGACGGCGUAAAGGUGCUACUGAACGAAAAGAACUUCAACCACGAUGUGAAAUACGGUAAAACGAAAAUCUUUCUCCGUUCACCGCAAACAUUGUUCGCCCUGGAGAAACAACGCAACGAAAUGAUUCCGCACAUUGUGACACUACUGCAGAAACAGGUCCGCGGUUGGAUCUGUCGUCAGCAGUACAAAAAGAUGAAAGCAGCAAUCGUAAUCAUGCGCCACUACCGAAAGUAUAAGCUGAAAAGUUACGUCCAGGAUUUGGCCGUACGCUUCCGUAAUGCUCGUCAGCUGCGAGACUAUGGUAAAGGUAUCCAGUGGCCGCAACCUCCGCUGGUGGGUCGUCAGGCGGAGAAGCAACUCCGGAUGUUGUUCUCCCGUUGGCGUGCCACCAUGAUUCUACGCAAAUACCCGCGGGAAGAGUGGCCCCAGCUGCGACUGCAGAUCAUUGCCGCCAGUGCGUUCCGCAAACGGCGCAAGUUCUGGGGACACGAUCGUCGCUGGUUGGGUAACUAUCUGUCCGUAACGGCGGAAAAUUCCAACUACUCGCCGUACAAUGCCAGUAUUAAUAAUAUUAAGAAUACGGACAAUUUCCGAACGGUGCUGUUUUCGGCGUUUGUUAAAAAGUUCAACAAAUGCAACAAAUCGGCUGACCGGGCGAUCAUCGUUACCGAUGGGGCUAUCUACAAGUUGGACGGGGCGAAGAAUAAAUUCCGCAACAUGAAACGAACCGUCGCUAUCAAGGAGAUCACAUCAAUUAGUGUGAGCCCGGGUCGUGACCAGCUGGUGGUUUUCCAUUCCCAUCACAACAACGAUUUGGUUGUGGCCCUACAGGGAGAACAUCAACCGCUGAAAGAAGAUCGAGUCGGAGAAAUUGUAGCCCACGUAUGCAAGCGCUUUUACGAGUUGUGCAAUCAGGAUCUACCGGUCAACGUGUCGCCAACGAUUCCGCUGCGCCUCGGUAACAAAGCACGUACGCUCAGCGUCGAAGCAGUGGCCGGCGUCGAAAUGCCUGCCUUUGAACAUUCCGGUGCCGUAAUCGUGCUAAAGGUUCCUUCGUCGUACGCAAGUGCGAUAUAGAUCAAGGUGGUUAGUGUUGGUAAUUUUUGCGCGUAGUAGUGCAGGAAAGUACGUUGAGUUUUCGUAUGUAGUUUGAUUUUUUUCCCCCGAUGGGUUUUCAUUUUUGUUUUUUUCGUAAACCUAUUAAAGCGGUAGUACUAGUUUUAUUAAUGUUAGGUUUCGUGGAUGCAAUCCAAUCCCUUUUACCGUAAGUGCUGAAAAACUAGACGUAAGCUAAUCAUCAUGGCCUUUACGACCACUAAAUAUUGCAAUACACGUAGUACUUUAAUGUUUGGUGUGUAUACAAGAAAAAAAAUUGACACCGGUUUAAUUUUAAUCGUAACUUAUCGCGAAAAGAAAACGAAAGUAUCAUGUUUGUACUCAGAAGUGCCAUUGUACUAUAAAAAGAAACAAGUGAAAUAGAUAAAACAAUUGUAAAUUCAUAGACGGUACCAUCCAUGAUUUGUAUGUGAUAGAAUAUAAACUGGAAAGAUCGCGACGAGGCAAAAAAUACAGAGAACGCAUUAGUCA